AAUGGUUGAGAGACAUUCUGAUUAUACAUAUUCUGAAAAGCUUCGCAUAAGUGUUGGAACUUGGAAUGUGAACGGUGGUAAACAUUUUAGAUCUAUUGCUCACAAGCAUGAAUCUAUAACUGACUGGCUAUUAGAUCUACCAAAGUUAACUCGUGAAAGUAGACCAGAACUUCUACGAAACAAUAUAAACUAUGAUAGACCUGUUGACAUUUAUGCGAUUGGCUUUCAAGAAAUUAUUGAUUUAAAUGCAAGUAAUAUUAUGAAUGCAAGCACAACAAAUCAAAGAGAAUGGGGAAAGUAUCUUCAAGAUAUUAUUUCAAGAGAUCACAAAUACGUUCUUCUGACAUCUAUACAAUUAGUCGGAGUUUGCCUAUAUAUAUUCAUUAGACCUAAGCAUGCUCCUUUUAUCCGUGACGUCGGUGUAGACUCAGUUAAAACUGGUUUAGGAGGAGCCGCUGGCAACAAAGGAGGAGUUGCAAUACGCUUUGUGAUGCAUCAUAAUUCCUUUGUUUUUGUUUGUUCACAUUUAAGUGCAGGACAAUCUCAUAUGCAAGCUAGAAACCAAGAAUUUCAUGAGAUUGCCCAGAAACUACAUUUUCCAAUGGGUAGAACCAUUAGCUCUCACGAUUACAUAAUAUGGUGUGGAGAUUUAAAUUAUAGAAUUGAUAUGCCAAAUAGUGAAGUAAGGGAGGCGAUAAAACAUGGUGAAUACGAAACAUUAAUGGCAGAAGAUCAAUUACUCAAACAAAGAAACCUGGGAAGCGUUUUCAAGGGGUUCUUAGAAUUUCCUACAAACUUUGCUCCGACUUACAAAUAUGAUUUAUUCUGUAAUGAUUAUGACACCAGUGAAAAAAAUCGCAUUCCUGCCUGGACCGAUCGUAUACUCAUUCGAAAAAAACCAUGGCCUAAAUACAUUGGUGAGGAAUCAGCUGAGCCAAAUGAGGGAAUCACACAAAUGCUUUAUAAUCGAGCUGAGUUAAAGACGUCUGAUCAUAGACCAGUGUUGGCUCUCUACGAUGUUGAACUUAUCCGUGUGAAUAGUGAGAGACGUUUUGACGUCUAUGAUGAAGUAAUAUCCCUUCAAGGACCAUCGGAUGCAACUGUGGUGGUUUUUUAUUCGGACAAUGCUGGAAUGGAUGAUGAAAGCUUCCAAAAUAUAAUACAAGUUAUUGGGGCUUCUGGUAAUAUUAUUUUAGUGCGAUUCGUGGAACAGAGUACCCUUAUAACUUUUUCAUCGGGUAAAGAAGCCUUGGAAGCUGUCAAAAGUGACGGUUUAAGUAUAGGUGGUAGAGAAAUGCGUGUAACCUUGAAAACAGGCGAUUGGAAGCAGAUUUUACAGAGAGAAAUGAAAUUAGCAGAUAUUUGUGAUGAACCUGUUGCUGAUGAAGCUGAAGAAGUCGAAGAUGAUGUUCCAGAGUUGAGCAGUUCUACUGAUCGUCGCUCUAAAUUUAUCAAGAGGUUAUCUUUAUUAAGAGAAGAUUCCAACUUCCCAACUAUGUCCUUUGAUGUUGACGAUGAAGACGAAGAAGCAGUAACAGGAAAAUCUAAAUCCCGUGAGCCUAGUCCAAGGCCAGAAGACAACGAAAAUCGCCAGAGUUCUGUAAAAAAACCGGAUAAACCGAAGCCUCCGGAGCGACCGGCUGCACCUCCUGCCAGGCCACCUCCCCCUGCUCCAAAUCGUCCUGCUCCACCAGUAAAUCGACCUACAUCAGUUCUAAUGAGGAAUCAUCCUACUGGAUCAAAGCAGACCAUGCAGGCAAGUCGAAUAAGUCAACCUGUUGAUGUCGUUCAUCGUCAUGCUUCUAAUCCAGCUGAAAUGAAAGAACUUAUAAACAGCUUGAUGAGUCCUACAAGUCCGACAUCAGCAAAUCUCCCAGCUCCAAUGCAACCCCAGAAACCAUCUCCGCCAGCAACCGAUAAAUCGACACCAACGACUCCGCCUAAACCAGCUCCACGAUCGGCUAGCUCAAAUUCCUUAAGUGAAAAGGCGACUCCAGCUGUUCCACCAAGAAGAGAUGUACCUCCUGUCGCGGCACCUAGAAAUUCUAUGUCCCCUGAGGAUAGUUCUAAUAAAACUGUUCCUCCUGUUCCUGCUAGACCUAAUGCACCGCCAGCAGUUCCACCAAGGAACUUUCAAAGUUAG